GCACCCAGCAGCAGCAGCAGCAGCAGCAACGAGAACAGCGGCACGCGCACGCGUCCCCUGCAAAGAAGGGCUCGCGCCACCGUCUCGCGCGCAGCUGACAAGAGGACAAAGGAAGGGAGGGUGCUUGCGUGCGCGCGCUCGCGCUACCCACCCAGGAGCAGGCCGUCCAUGUCGAAGAUGAGGUCUCUUUAAAAGAAUUUUAAUUUAAAACAGCAGAAUGAUGAUCCUUUUAUAUUUGAUGUUUUGUCUAUGGUCAACAAGUAUUGCUACAAACAAAAGGAUUUCAAAGCCCAACAUUGUUCUAUUCAUGGCUGAUGACCUUGGCAUUGGAGACUUGGGAUGCUAUGGAAACACAACUCUAAGAACUCCCAAUAUUGACAUAUUAGCUAAAAGAGGAAUAAAGCUGACUCAACACAUAGCUGCCUCACCACUCUGCACACCUAGCAGGGCAGCUUUCUUGACAGGCCGGUAUCCUGUCAGAUCAGGAAUGGCUAGCUUGCAUCAUGUUGGAGUGUUCUUAUUUUCUGCUUCUUCUGGUGGACUGCCUACUGAAGAAAUAACAUUUGCAAGACUUCUCCAGCAAGAGGGUUAUACCACAGCUCUUAUAGGCAAAUGGCAUCUUGGGAUAAACUGCCACAGCAAUGAUGACUACUGCCACCACCCAUUAAAUCAUGGAUUUAAUUAUUUCUAUGGGUUCCCUGUGAACAAUAUCAGAGACUGCAAACCUGAACAUGGAAGUGUUUUUCAAAGAGGAAUUAAAAUGUACAGUCCUACAAUACUACAGAUCACUGGGCUUGCUUUAAUCUCUCUGGGAGUUUUGCAUUAUCUUGGUCUCCUCAGAAUUUCUCACAGAGUGCUUGGCUUCUUCAUCUUAAUGGCUGCAGUGUUAAUUGGAAUCUUGCUGUUCUUCUUUUAUAACUUUCGAUAUCUGAAUUGCUUCUUGAUGAGAAAUUAUAGUAUUAUCCAGCAACCCUGGAGCUACAAGAACCUCACUCAAAGAUUUACAGAAGAAGCCAAAAGAUUUAUAAGAAGGAACACUGAUGCACCGUUUCUUCUUUUCCUUUCUUACCCUCAGGUGCACACAGCUCUAUUUGCAUCCCAGCUUUUCAGAGGAAAGAGCAAACAUGGCUUAUAUGGGGAUGCUGUGGAAGAGAUGGACUGGAGUAUAGGGCAAAUCCUUCAGACAUUAGAUCAACUGAACCUAAGUAUGCAGACACUUGUGUAUUUCACAUCUGAUCAUGGGGCGCACGUUGAAGAAAUUUCAGACAAUGGAGAUAUCCACGGUGGCUCUAAUGGAAUAUAUAAGGGUGGAAAAGCUACAAAUUGGGAAGGAGGGAUUCGAGUUCCUGGUCUGCUCUAUUGGCCUGGAGUGUUAAAUCCUGAUAUAAGUAUUGAUGAACCAACAAGUAAUAUGGAUGUAUUCCCCACCAUAGUUAAACUUGCUGGGGCACAACUACCUCACGACAGAAUUAUUGAUGGACGUGAUCUGAUGCCCUUGCUUCAAGGCAUAGCUGUCUUCUCAAAGCAUGAGUUUCUCUUCCAUUACUGUAAUGCAUAUUUAAAUGCAGUGCGCUGGCAUCCAAGAAACAGUAAAUCUAUUUGGAAAGCAUUUUUCUUCACUCCCAAAUUCAGCCCCGAAGGUGCCAAUGGCUGCUUUGAGUCUCAUGUGUGCUUUUGUCAUGGAAAUUUUGUCACCUACCAUGAUCCACCAUUACUUUUUGAUCUCUCCAAGGACCCAGAAGAAAAACAUCCACUAACACCCGAAACAGAGAGUGACUUCUAUGAAAUCCUCCAUACCAUUCAACAAGCAAUGAGUGACCACACCCAAUCACUGAUGGCUGUUCCCAACCAACUUUCACUGGGAAAUAUUAUGUGGAAACCUUGGCUUCAACCAUGUUGCUCUUCCUUCCUCAAGUUCUGCUAUUGCAACCAUGAACCAUGAAGAAGAAAUAAAGAUUUGUCUGCAGAAUGACAUCAGUAAUGUACAUUCACCCACAUGCUUUAGGGUUAAACAAAACAGCAAGAGAAAAAUGGUACAGCGCGCCCUUGUUUUAUGUGGGGGAUCCGUUCCUGACCCCCUCCCCGUGUAAAACAAAAAGUGCGUAUGCUCAAGCCCCAUUACAAGUAAUGGGGCUUGUGCUUGCGGUGGUGCCACGGGUGUGCGCACCAUUGUUUCUUUCGGUACACAGCACCGGAAGAAGCAGCGUAUAAUGCACCCACGUAUGACGCAGGCACACUGUAUCCAUUUUAGAAAAGUUUGACAAAGCCCAUUAUGAUGAAAUGGCCUUCCUGAACAUCUAUACCUCACUUGCUCAAGUGACAACUAUAAGAUAAGGAUACAAGGAGUGUCAGCAAAUCUCUCUUUGCUCCCAUCAACAGAUUAUGAAAGUGACAAGACAGUUUCACUCUUUUCAUAGAAGAGCUAAUGGAAGUGUAUACAUUUUAGGAGAAAAGCAUUGCUUACUGGGAAAUCAAAAGGCAAUAGUGUUUGUCUCCAUCCUUGUGGGGGCUUCCACCUCCCACCUCCAUAAAGCAUCUAAAAUUAACUACAUGAUAACUGUUGGAGGAGAAGUAGCAGUUCCUCAUACUAGAAAAAUGCACCUCAGAGUUAUUAUCACUUAGGGAAUUGGAAAACAGGUAUCCCAUUUCACACAGAGUAUUUAGCCAAUUCACUUCUCUGAUUGAUCCAGAAAAUAGAAACAACCGUUUCAAAAGUUACUUUUAAAAACAAUUACAUUCCAAGUCCAAAAAAUUGUUAUUUACCAUUAUAGUUACUGUUUUAAAAGCAACUUUAUUUUUGUUAUUCAACAGUAAUUAGAACUGUUCAUUUAAAUAAGUUUUAAAAAUAUUCUAUUAACAUAUAUUUUUAAUAAUAUAAAACAACAUAUAUGAUUUCUAAGAAUUUUUAAGUAUCAGCAGAAUGCUCAAAACUUAUGGCCUAUAUUACAGUCUGAGUCUCUCUUCUCCAAAAUGCUUGAGAUCAGAAGUGUUUUGGAUUUUGAAAUACCUGUAUUUGCAUAUACAUACAUAAUGAGAUACCUUGGGGAUAAUAUCCAAGUC